AUGCUUGGUGACACACAGGAUCGCUCCACUGCACCACCACAGCUACUCUCCAAACCGAAGGAAUAUGUGGUGAAGUUUCACUUUCCCAAUCCACCGCCCCUUAGCCCUCUUUUAUUGGGCCUGCACAAUGUGCUUUUCGUCUACCCUGGUCAGAAACCGCUGUUCCGUGAUUUGAAUUUUGGUGUCGGUAUGUCCUCCCGUAUAUCUAUCGUCGGACCGAAUGGUGGCAAAUCCACUUUCCUCAAGCUUCUCACCGGUGAAGUCGAACCGGUUCAGGUCGAACACCGUGUCAAAAUCGGCAAGUAUGACCAGCACUCGGCCGAUCAGCUGGACUUGACUUUGUCCCCGACGGCGUACCUGCAAAAGUUGUUCAAUUUGUCUUACCAGGACGCUAGGAGUACACUGGUCGAAUUCGGUCUGGAAGCACAUACUCACCUUAUUCCCAAUGCGGAUCUGUCUGGAGGUCAGCGGGCCCGUGUCGCCUUCGUCGAACUAUCUAGACGAGCUCCGGAUAUUUUGAUCUUGGAUGAGCCGACAAACAACUUAGACAUUGAAUCCAUCGACGCUUUACCUGUUGCAAUUAACGAGUAA